UUGAGGUUAAACAACCAACACAAGUUACGGUUAUAUAUUUUGCAUUUCAAAGGAAAUUAUAAUGACUGGUGUCUAUGAAAUUUCCUGUAGGCUUUGCCUUAAAACUGUUACCGUUCAAAAUUUUGAAGUAAUAGAAAACGUUAUUAGAUAUGUUCUCGAUGUUCUUUUGCUGAAGCUGAAAUUCCAUGAUGAGAGCAAAGAGGUUAUAUGUAAUGCUUGCAGAAGAAAAUUAUAUGCGGCAUUCGAAUUCAAGUCGACGUGUCUGAAUACCGAUAACACAAUUAUACCACAUGUGGAUUGCGAAAAUAUGUUACAGAUCGACAUAAGGGAAGUGUACAGGAAGGAAGAGAGAAGCGAGUCAAUUUCAGAUAGUCAGAAAAUAUGUCGAUUGUGUAUGAACUUGGUAAAAAGUGAGUUUAUGUGCAUACGUGAAGAGGAACUCGAAGCUAUUCAGAAAUUGACUCCUGAAAUGAAUAUAAAUAUCAUCAAAGAUCCCGUUGUAUGUAAGGAAUGUUUUGAUUCCCUGUGCACCCACAACAGUUUCCUUAGAGAAUGCCUAGAAGUAGAGGAAAAAAUUAGAGGUGUUUAUGAUAAUUCAGCCACAGAAAGUCGAAUAGAUACGUCACCAUCUGAUUUAUUUGUUACGACUGAAAACCUGGACAGAGACUCUGAUAUUAGCGAGAUGGAAUUUUCGAUUGAAACUGAAUGUGUCGACAUAGAAUCUGAAGAUGAGGAAAGAAGUGAUGCGCCACUGCAGACCUAUAAUAAUAAUGAACCAUCGGAGAAGAGUGAUUGUAAAGUUGCGGAAGAGGAUGGAUGUAAAAAUGAGAAUGGAUCGGAAAACAAGUGUAAUACGAAAACCAAGCAGGAGUGCAAGGUAUUGUACAAAUGUGAUAAAUCUGUUUGCCAAACUGGAUGCAAGAGCCAUUUUACAACACACUGUGCGAGACAUGAGAACAAUUCGGAAGAAUAUAAACGUGAAUCCUGUGAGUAUGAAACUGAAAUUAAGAAAUUACUUCAAAGCCGGUUGAGACAUAAAGGCCCCUCACAGAUCAAAAUGUACAAGUGUAAGGAUUGCAAUUAUGAAGCUAAAUACAGGAGUGAUAUGAAACGGCACCAACUGAAGCAUAAAGAUCCGUCGCAGAUUAAAAUGUACAAGUGUAAUUACUGCGAUUUUGAAACCAGAUAUAGGAAGGGUAUCAAACGGCAUAAACUGCAACAUAAAAAUUCAUCUCAGAUCCAGAUGUACAGAUCUGACAGCUCCAUCUAUUGGCUCAUUCCUUCCCCAGGGAACGUGUGCUGCUUUGCCGACUCGUGGGUCUAUCAUUUCCUCCAGGCAAUGUUGUCAGGUUUGGUAAAAAUUCACCAGAUUUGGUGA